AUGACCACUCUUUCCAAGCAGUUAUCUUACUUAACAUCAAAAUGUGUUGCACACUACAUGGAUGCAAACAUACGGUUACAACUCUACCUACGCUGCCCAUUUUUUGCUAGUGCCCACAAAAGUGAACCCAUGAGAAUCAGGGAUCUGAAAUUGCGACCAGACAACUUUGAGAUCAAUGGAACUAUCUAUAGCCUAGGAGUUAUUACCCAAUACACGGACAGACCGAAUCCCAGAUCGGUAGUUUUCGAUAACGCUGAAGGUGGAAUCCAAGAACACGUUGACAUCUACGGUCUCCCGCCGAGACGGACACAAGAUGAUGCGGAAAAUGUGCGAACAGAUAAUGUACAAAUGGCCCAUUUAAGAGAUUCGAUAACCAUAAUGAAGCAAGACUUGAAGCCUGGAAAUCGUAUUAAGAUUCAGCGACUCAAUUUGAAAGCGGAAGCAUAUAACAUGAGAAUCAACAACAUUCCGCCGCCAUACCGUCAUUAUCUGCAAUUGACUAUUUCAACAGGAAAAUUAGUCAAAAUUGAGAGUGUUGUUUAUGACAAACAAUUCAAGUUUGCCCGAGAAUACAUUGAGAAGAUGGUGUUUGGCAACAAAACAAUUCAAGUGGAACAUCUUCAAAUUGGCGGUGACACGUAUCUACAUGAUUUGGAUAACCGCAUCGGCAUCACAUUUGGUCCUCCUCGCCAGGAACCACUUUUCGCCUACACGCCACAAACAGAUAGUGUGAAACCAUUACUUUCAAUUCGAAGUUUAGAAGUAGGCGUGCUGAGAGUCACUGGAAUUCUGAUAAAUGCAUUGGCUAGUCUCAGACCUAUUUUGUCUCAAACCCCCUUAAAAAAAUUAAAAGCGGUUUGUCAUCAACGAACAUUUACUAAGGACCCCAUUGUAAAUACAAUCGAAUUUCUUCAAAUUGCUCAGGGCUCGCCAAUAAACGUACUAAGUAACCGUCCAAACUACCGAAUUCAUCUUGGUUUAGCUUUUGAUCUAAAAGACGAUUUAAUCAAUUUGGUAUACGAAUGGAAAAAAAGGGAGAUCCGAAUUGGAACUCAUUACUCGGUGGGAGAAACUGAGGAUUCGGUCUCAUAUACCUUCACUAUGGUUAGAAAUAUACCAGGUGCAAAGUUAGGAGAGAACGAAGAAACAAGAUUGACCGAAUUCCCGGAAUGCAUCAUUAUCCCAAUGAGAAACGACACGGAGCUGAAUGUCUUCUGCAACAAGCCAAAUGAAGAAGAGAAGGAGUACUGUAGAUCAGAGUUCAUUGUGAAAAUGAAAUGGCAGCCGAGAGGAUAUGCGAGAGCAGUUGAAUGGGACUAA